GAGAUCAGAACGCCGCCAUAUUUGACAGCAGCACGUCGCGAAAUUGACAUACCUACAUGAAUUCAUACAAAUUAAUUAAAUUGAUUUACAAGAUUAUUACUUCUGAAUGACUUCUAAAUAAUAAGUAACCAUGCAGUCUGUGGUGACGUUUGAGAAACCGUUGCCACAUCUGAGCUUGGCUGACUGGGAUGCUCGCCUCUACGGGUUACAGGUAACCGCUGACACCAGAAGGGCCGAUGCCUUCGACCUCCGUCACAGCGCCCACCAGCUUCGUAACGAGACCCGCAUCAAGACUGAGUGGGACAGCUACCAUAAUAAUAACCGCCUUCGGGCCAGAGUCUAUGAGAUCGAACAAUGGCGAUCCACACUGCAAGAACUGCUCGAUCUCUUGGACCGAGAAAUGGCCAGCCUCAAAGAGGAGAAGGCGUCCACAGAACGGGAACUAGAACAACUCAACCUCCCUCUUCUCGUGUGCUCCGAGUGUCUGUCCAACAGAGAUGGAAGACGCAGCUCCGAGUUGACUUACGAUCUUGCUGAUACUGAGCUUAAGAAGGAACUCUGUGUCACCGAAAGCAAUAAAAAGAUGCUGAUCGACAGAUGUCAAUCAGCCUGGGAGAAAAUUAACAAGUUGGAAGUAAUCAAGUUCAAACUCCAAUUGGAUUUAAAUGACAAAAACGAGGCCCUUCAGAUAGACAAGGAUAUGCUCAAUUUGGACAAAGACUGUGCCAAUAUCACUUACAAAACUGAUUCCCUGAAGACACCUAAAAGGAUGAUAACCAACCAGCAAUGGAUAGACAAAUGCGAGGCCACAAAACAAAUGGCCAUAACCGAACUUCAAGACACUUUACGUCUCCGUGAAUCCCUAUUCGUGGCUCGGGGUCGCGCAAGGAACGCUCUUAGGGCCCAAACUGACGUCACGAACUACAUGCUAAGAAGGCGCAUAUAUGACACACAGAGGGCCAGAAACGAACUGGAUUGGCAGAAAUUAAAGAUGGAAGAAAAUAUGGACAAGCUAGCAACAGAACUCAAAGUUAUGGGAGAACAGUUUGCCGAUAAAGUGAACGCGUUGAAAGUGGCUGAAACCCGCUUGGAGACUCGAGGGUACCGCCCGGGGUCUGAGUUGGCAGCUGAUGAAGCCGAUAUAGGCCUGAAAGAUGAGGUUCGAAGCCUAAGGGAAACCAUACGCCAGUUGCAAGAGAAGUUAGACUGUGCUAAAGCUACAUACAAUGCUCUGGAAGCCGCUUCUAUCAAAAUUGGUAUCGACCUUAACGACAAGAACCAAUCUUUGGAAACUGACACUCGAGCUUUAGAAAUGAGAGCGGCCUUAGAACCAAAGAGACCCCAAGGUUUGAACAAGAACUUGAUUCUCGCGAGCAUGAAAGAUGAAGUGCCCAAUGUCGAGGGUUAAUAUACCCCAGCAAGAAAGCCAAAAAAUAUAUUUCAUGAUUAUCGAAAAUUAUUUUUGUAUAGAAUUUGUUUAGAUAUCAAAACUAUUAGCAUUUUUGUGUUUCAAAAUUUUCGUGUCUCAUCAAAAAAGAAUUCGCUUCUAUUUUAGUGUUUAACGGUAAUUGUUUCUACAUGUCUCUUGAGAGUUGUGUGUAUGUGGUGAAAAUUUUGUAAUUAAUAAUUUUAUGUUAUUUCUAUUUGUUAUUCAUAGCUUUACGAGUUUAUGUUUAUGAUCAACUUUAAUUGUACGACGUAAUUUAUGACUUAACUUUACUAUAACUUUUCUGUGGUUAGUACAAUUAAUAAAGACUUUUUGAAAUACUUGUC